GUCACCCAUUUCCAAAAUCAGAUUUUCAGUAUCUACGAGGGUCUAUAGCACUAUAUAAAACCAGAACCUCGUUCAAAGAUAAGAAGAAUCUCGUUCUUGAUACUUAAAUGACAAUGUUUGUUUUUAUUUUACUUGCUUUAGCGAUAGGUAUCGUAGAAAGUAGGUGGCAUCCUCACCAGCAUAUGUCUUGGAAUGACGUCAUAGGGGAAAAUCACAUCAACACUGGUAUUCACGGGGAUGUGUACGUCAUCGAUUUGUUCAGUCCCGCUCAUCAAAGUCUAAUCCCCAGUUUACACAGUAAAGGGAAGAGAGUGGUCUGCUACUUUUCUGCUGGUACCUUUGAAAAUUGGAGACCAGACAAAGAUGACUUUCCUCCGGAUGCCCUCGGGAACAAAAUGCUUCACUGGGAGAAUGAGUGGUGGGUAGACAUCAGAGACACAAGAAUCAGGAAUAUAAUGGCUAAGCGCAUUGCUUUGGCAAAACGACAUGGGUGCGAUGGUGUAGACCCGGAUAACGUCGAUGGUUUUACCAAUAGUAACAAUGGACUCGGUCUCACAGCAGCCAAUCAGUUGGAUUUUAACCGAUUUCUAGCAACAGAGGCUCACAGCCAUGACCUUGCCAUUGGACUUAAAAAUGAUUUGAAACAAAUCCAUGACUUGAUUCACUACUUUGACUUUGCUAUUAACGAGUCGUGUGAAGUAUAUCAUGAGUGUCACUACUAUCAACCAUUUUUCGAUGCCAGGAAGCCUGUGUUCCACAUAGAGUAUGUAGGCAGUACCACGGAGGCUCACUCUCACCGCAGUACCAUAUGCAGUAACCGGCCAGCUGACAUGAACACGAUCAUAAAAGUACAACUUACUAACUUCAAGGUCGCCUGUUAAAUUACAUUGUUUCUGGUUCAAUGUAAUAAAGCUUUCUAUAGUUUGACUUAGUGUCAUAUUAAUCGCAAGCCUUUAAGAUUCACAUUUCAAACCUUUAUAGAAUGGAUAACGGAUUAAUGCACCGUCACUGUAUAGAAUACCAUUACUUUUACAAACCAGAAGUCUCUGAUGAUGCUGUAGCUCUACUGGAUUGUAUUUGUAACAAAGGAAGAGAAAAGAAGCACUUGCGCUAAAAACUAUGCAAAGGCAAUACAUGAACACAGAAUCAUGGCCCUUGCUUAAUUUUAAG